AUGCCAAUUGCUGGCUCACCAUUUCACGUUCCAGUUCUCGAUCCAUCGGCAGUGAGAGUAAUCGGGCUGAGAAAUGAUCGCGUCGGUGUGGAACAACAUUUUAAUGUGGACUACACUCAAAGUGGCGCUUUGUCGGCUUCUGUGGAAAUUCGACGUGGCUCACAAUCAGUGCCAUGUAGCGUGAAACGGGUCAAACCUGGCCUAUUGAUGUGCUCUUUUACACCGACUGUAAGCGAUCCCAAUGGUGGACCAUUACCCGUACGAUGUUAUCGACAACAAGACGACAGCUAUUGGGUUGAGUUCACCCCGGAACAAACUGGUACCCACACAAUUGAAGUAACGUUUGGCGACGUUCCUGUGGCUGGCUCACCGUUCCGUUGUGAGGUAGUGGACCCCAAGAAGGUCAAAGUUAAAGGAUCUUCGACGGUCUACAUCUUCGCCAAUGUUACAACCAUCAAUGUUGACCGUCGGCAAGCCGGAGAUGGAGAUUUAACAGUUGAAAUAUGCGAUCCAACAGGAACACCCCUGAAGGUAGAAACCCUCAAAUCUCCCAGUGGUGAGGACAGAAUAACCUUCCUUCCGAACCAAACUGGUCCACACAAAGUCAACGUGAAAGUGGCUGGAUUCCAAAUACCGGGAUAUCCUCAAACGAUAGUGGUAUCUGAGCAACCUCAACCCAGUGUCUAUGGUGCAGCUGUGGAUCAUUCCAUCAAGAUAGAUGAGCCUGCCAGUUUCAUCUUUGACCCCAAAGGUGCUAACGGCGGACUUAAAGUCAGCGUAACUGGUCCCAGAGAGAACAAAGUACGACAUAAGGUGAUAAGACGACCUAAUGGCACAUCAGAAGUCGUGUUUUCCCCGGAAGAAGUUGGAGCUCAUAUUGUGAAUAUCGACUUUAACAACAAACCGAUUGCCGGCAAACAUAGUAAUACUUGA